AUGGCGGAUUCCAAUGUACAGCCACAGCCCAGACCUCAAGGCACGAACAACGGAACAAAGAAGGAGCCAGCAAGCUGGACUGAUGACGACGUCGAGUUCAUGGUAGACUACCUCAUAGAGCAUGCCAGCGAGGGUAGCGAAGGCCUCUUCUCGUCCAAUUUCUGGCGUGCUUUUGCUGUAGAGCUCAACAAACGGAUCACCGAGGGUGGAGACAAGACCGGCCCUGGCUGCAGUCAGAAGUACAGCGACCUUCGCGCCCUUUGGUUUCUUGUUGACAAGAUCAAGAAGACGUCGGGGUACAGUUGGAAUGAUGAGACAGGUGUCACUGUCGUUCCGGCCAUGGUUUCGACGUGGGACGACUGGGUGAAGAUCAAGACAAAGGCAAAGCGCUUCCGACGAAAAGGCUGGCCGUACCAUGAGAAGAUGUCAGCUCUGAUGCCGUCCAAGGCAAAGGGAACCUACGCUUUUCAUGCCGGCAAUGGCAGCACUUCGCAAUCGACCGUCCGAACCCAGGAAACCAGCCAAGCAACUACCAAGACACAAGAUGAGCCCGAAUCACAAAACGCGACCGAAGAUUCUCAGGCACACAUGCCUCCGGCUCAUGAUCGUGAGCCUUCACCCGCUUGGGAUGAAGACAAGAUGGACCGGUCCUUUUCGGGCACCAAUAACGCCGAGGACGGCACGACUUCUGUGAACGACUCACCUGUUCCUAAAUCAGCAUUGUCACGCAAGCGCGUUCCGGCGCAGGCUACCCCUGCUGCAUCUCGUAAACGUCUCCGGCCAUCAAGCAGUGCACAGGCAGCAGAGCGCCUCAACAAUCUUGUGUCAGCAGCAGCUGAUAUGAACGGCCUUAUGCGAACAUACAUGCAAGGCAUCACUCCGACUGGACCACUCAGCCCCGAGCGUCGACGCAACACCAAUUGGCAUGUACAAGGAAUCACUUGGUUGGAUGGACCUCAGAAGCUCAGUCUCAUCAGCAUCUUUCGUGAUGUCCGUCUAGUGGAUGAAUAUUUUGAUCUCGAAGAUGAGGGCUUGCGGAUUGAAUGGAUCAUGGCGGAACUUGGAAAACUGAAUAUCUUUGUGAUUGACCCUUGUCUUUUUGAUACCGUGCAGUAG